GAUCGGCUCAAAGAGUUAUUUUUAUCUACACCACCCUAUAAAUUAUUUUUAAACCCUUAAAAAAAAAAUUAUUCUUCAAGUUAUGCUUUUCAAUUUAUAAAAGUUUACCAAAUUUUUGAACAUGAUGCAAGAAAGGAGACUAAGCAGAUAUUGGAAGCGCAUCUUUUAUUUUCAACAUAUGGAUUUUGAAGUAGCUUUUUCUGAUUUAAAAAAUCUUUGUUAUCAACCUAAAAAAGUCUAUGAGAACAUAUACUAUAAUAAACAAACUAAGCUCCAGUGGGCCAGAGAUGAUCCUGCUUUUCUUGUUCUCCUUAUAAUUUUUCUACUCGUGACGUCUUGCGGAUAUUAUGUAUACUUUCGCUUCUCCUUACGCUUGUUUAUAAUUUUCGUAUGUCGCCUUAUCCUUAUCGAAUUUUUUGGUUUGGGUGCGGUCAUCUCAACGCUUUUAUGUUUUAUAGGAAAUAAAUAUCUGCUACAGUCUCCUCCCCACUCUGUCCCACAAUCCAUUGAAUGGGCAUACGCUUUCGAUAUUCACUGCAAUUCUUUUUUUCCGCUGUUUUUAAUUUUAUAUGUUCUUCAUUUAUUUUUUAAGCCGAUCAUUAAUUCCACGAGCUUUUUAAGCCUUUUAUUCUCCAACACUUUGUUUUUAAUAGCUUCUUGUUAUUAUUGUUAUACAACUUUUCUUGGGUAUAAAGCUCUUCCCUUCUUGCGUAAAACAGUCUAUAUUCUCUCUCCUGUCCUCCCUUUGACUCUGUUUUAUGGAAUUAGUGUUUAUAUACAUUGGAACAUUGGCUUGUUUUUUUUAAGAUCUCACGGGUUUAUUCAGUAA